AUGAAUACCUUCUCAGCUUCUAUGACGACGAUAUCUGGCCCACCUGCCCGAGACCCCGAUCGUCCCUUUGUUUCGCUACGGAUCGUCACAUGGACAUCCUCAGGUCUUGGCUUUACGGUCAACCAUAUCAUCUCCGAUGACGACGACGACGACUUUGGAAACGAAAAGCUGGAUGUGAGGACAUCCAUGUCAAAACUCGAACUGGAACAGAGGGUGCUCGACGAUGAUGCCAGCAUUUGCGGUCCUUGCCGCGAGUCUGUUACAUGUGGGCAUUUCUGUCGCACGCGCGAAACCAGAAUCGAUGUCGAGAACUUCAACGUAGCGAACCGAGACGAGACGGUCUCUCAAGCGAAGCUGGCUCCGGACGGGAACCAUGGAGGAGAAGAACAGGAUUCGACACAUCCGUCAACGCUGGUUGCUGACGUGUCUUACUGGCCAUUGGCAUGCUCUUCCCCUGCUACUCCUUCGACCAUGCCGUGA